AGAAGAAGAGAGAAGAAGAGAAAAAAAGAAAAGAAAAUCAGCAAAUAGAAAAAAAUUACAGGCGGAGGCAGAGGAGUGUGUAACAGUAGUAAGAUGCAACCAUGGAUGACAGAGAAAGCGAAACCGUAGUCUGUGUCUGUGCGAUGCUCUUGCAAACUCAAACUCUCUCUCUGUGAUACAGAGUCAAAGCGUCUGCGACGGUGGUUGCAAUCGGAAUUUUUUUUUUCCGGUGAGUGUGUGUCGAUGGGAAGAGUAGUUGAAGGAUAAUCAAUAAUCAAAGAUGAAGAAAGGGAAGGGGAAGAAUAACGGCUUGUUUCCGAGUUCGUUGAGGAUUAUCUCUUCGUGCCUCAAAACUGUCUCUACCAAUGCAACCGCCGUCGCUUCAACCGUCCGCUCCGCCGGCGCCUCCGUCGCUGCUUCCAUUUCCUCUUCUUCCGAGGAUCACAAAGAUCAGGUUACCUGGGCUGGUUUUGAUAUACUAGAGCUUGAUCAGUCUAUCUGUAAACGUGUUCUUUUACUUGGUUAUUUGAAUGGAUUUCAAGUACUUGAUGUGGAGGAUGCCUCUAGCUUUAGUGAGCUGGUCUCAAAGCGUGAUGGGCCGGUUUCUUUCUUACAGAUGCAGCCUUUCCCUCUUGGCUCUGAUGGUCAGGAGGGAUUCAGAAAAUCGCAUCCUUUAUUGCUGGUUGUUGUUGGUGAUGACACUAGCAGUAUUGGCUCAAACAGUAGCCAUUUGAGUGGUUUAGGAAGAGAUGGUAUGGUAGAGACUCAGCCUGGGAAUGGUGUCAACUCUUCAACAUCUGUUCAGUUUUACUCCUUGAAGUCUCACUGUUAUGUUCAUGUUCUGAGAUUUCGAUCCGCGGUUUGUAUGAUCAGAUGCAGUUCGCGGAUAGUAGCUGUUGGUCUUGCAACACAAAUACACUGCUUUGAUGCAUCAACUCUUGAGAAUAAAAUCAGCGUUCUCACCUAUCCUGUUCCUCAGAUAGUGGGACAAGGGACAAUAGGCGUUAAUGUGGGUUAUGGUCCAAUGGCUGUGGGUCCUAGGUGGCUAGCAUAUGCUUCCAACAACCCACUGCCAUCAAAUGUAGGAUGCUUAAGCCCACAAAACCUAAGUCCUUCUCCAGGAGUUAGUCCUUCUCCAGGAGUUAGUCCGUCAACAUCUCCAAGCAAUGGUGGUUUGAUGGCUCGUUAUGCAAUGGAGUCCAGUAAACAUUUGGCUGCUGGAAUAAUCAAAUACUGCCAAGACCUGCUUCCUGAUGGUUCUACUUCUCCAGUACCAUCAAAUUCAGGCUGGAAAAUUGGUAGGGUUACAGGAACUGAUAUGGAUAAUGCAGGAAUGGUAAUUGUUAAGGAUUUUGUUUCCAGAGCUAUCAUCUCACAAUUUAAAGCUCACUCUAGUCCUAUAUCUGCACUAUGUUUUGACCCAAGUGGUACCCUUCUGGUCACUGCAUCAGUCUAUGGAAAUAAUAUUAAUAUCUUCCGGAUAAUGCCAUCAUGCUCACGCAAGGGUUCAGGGGUUCCAGGCUAUGACUGGAGCUCUUCUCAUGUGCAUCUUUAUAGACUUCACCGUGGAAUAACGUCAGCUAUGAUCCAGGACAUUUGUUUUAGUCAUUUUAGUCAGUGGAUUGCAAUUGUCUCGUCCAAGGGGACUUGCCAUCUGUUUGUUUUGUCACCCUUUGGAGGUGAUACUGGUUUCCAAAUUACCAGUUCUCAGGAUGAAGAACCCUCCUUAUUUCCAGUUUUGUCUCUACCUUGGUGGUCUACUUCAUCUUCCAUUUCUUAUCAGCAGCUUUUGCCUCCUCCGGCCCCUGUUGUCCUUUCUGUGGUUAGCCGGAUAAAGUAUAGCAGUUUUGGAUGGCUUAAUACCGUUCAUAAUUCUAAUGCAAAUGCAACGGGAAAGGUUUUUGUGCCAUCUGGUGCUAUUGCUGCCAUUUUUCAUAAUUCCUUAUCUCUCUCGCAGCAGCUUGUUAACUCAAAAGCAAAAUCCUUAGAGCAUCUGUUAGUCUAUACACCGUCAGGUCAUGUAGUUCAACAUGAACUUCUACCAUCUGUUGGUCCAGAACCAAGUGAAAGUGGUUCGAGGACCCAUUCAGCUUCAACCCUACAUAUGCUGGAGGAUGAGUUUAGAGUGAAAGUUGAGCCUAUUCAAUGGUGGGACGUAUGCAGAAGGUCAGAAUGGCCGGAAAGAGGGGAUCCUUGCUGCAACACCUUUGAUAGACAAGAUGAUAUCAAUAGAGUUCAAGAUAAAAUAUGUUCUGGAGAUGACUAUGGAUUGAACUUUUUGGAUAUAAGUGGUAGUGUUGGGGAAAAGACGGUAAAACCUUCUGCAGCGAAACCCCAAGAGAGAUUUCACUGGUAUCUAUCUAAUGCAGAGGUGCAAGCGAAUUUUGGAAGGAUGCAAAUAUGGCAAAAGUCUAAGAUUUGCUUCUACACAAUGAAUUCUGUAAAAAAUAGUUUUAGUGCUGGUGGAGAGUCUGAAAUUGAAAAGAUCUCUGCUCAUGAAGUUGAAAUAAGACGGAAGGAGUUGUUGCCUGUUUUUGACCAUUUUCAUAGCAUCAGACCAAGCUGGAAUGAGAGAGGCCUUACUGGGGAAAAAUAUUUGGGUCUUGCAUCUCCGGUUCCCUAUCAGGCUGAAGACAAGCAAACUGCUGACAUGACAGUUAUUUGUCACUCAAAACCAGCAUCACUGAGCUCCACUGAAAGCUCCGAAGGAGGUUCAUCAAGAAGGAUUGAAAAUCUGCUUGACUUGGAUCAAGUUUCAUCUAGUUGUCAAAUGCUUGGUGAGAUCUACUUGGAAAGAAUGGGGGCCAUCAAUGUGGAGCCUUCCCAGCAAAACAAGAUUGUGCUGGAAGAUUCAUCUCUAUCUGGAAACUUGAAGCAUGUUGAUUCUCUAUAUGGUCAUUGUAUCAAUGGCAGUCCAUUAUUGCAAAUGAGAAAGAUAACUUCUGAAGGAAGAGAUACGGUAGAAGGUGUUGGGAUCGGUGAGGGUUCAGCAUUGGCCAUGAAAGAACAUGCUUUAGAUAAUUAUAAACUUGUGGGAAUGACCUCUGUAAUGGAAAACGCAUGCAAGACACUAGGUUACGAUGAAAGUAAUGUGUUAACUGAAGUAGUAACUGAUGAUGUUGACAGAGGCAGUAGCCACCAUGAAAGAGAACAGCCGGAGGAGGAUGGGGAGAAUGAUGAAGUACUUGGUGGCUUGUUUGCCUUUUUGGAGUAAGGUUGAUUACUGCAAUUGAAGAGGAAGUCCAGCGUCAAUAAAUUAAUCUCAUCAUAUGUUCUCGCUGGAGUCUCAGUUAGGAAAAUGUAAAAAGCAAUGUGCAUGUUGUGAAUACCAAAUGAUUCACGAGCAACAAUCUAGGCUGAUUUGUCUCUGACCCUUGUAUAUUAUGUAGAUGGGAAUUCAAAAACUCGUGGGUUUGCUAAAGUUGGGGCCUGUGAGGUGUGUGUUGGGUUUGCAUUAACAGUCCUAAGCUGAAUUUUUAUCAAGCUUGCAUGUAAAAAUGAAUUGGGCAUGAAAUUUGUGUAAUAUAUAUUUUGUUGAUACAUGUGUAAUAUAUAUUUUUAAUUCUUGAAUUUGGAAAGGAAAA